UGGUAGCGAAGAAACGCGGUCGCAGUUGGCGCAGCCGUCCCUCGUUCCUGUCGACGCGUGAUCGAAAACGGUUAGGUAAAGUGGUUUCUUGGCAUUGGCGCAACCCCAGAUUCCGAACACCGAGACAUCAUCUUCAUCACCACUCAGCUAGACAUCUUGUUCGCCUCCUAGAGCAACAAACAGAUCACCAUCUCAUAUCUUCAUCUUGCGGCAUUGUGGCCUUUAUUGACGGCAUCUGUGAUCGCAUGUACGAUCCGUGAAAUCACUCUCUUGUUCCUCUCUUUUUCACCGAAUAUCAAUAAUCCCAUUUUUGGUCUACACCCACCGCCACCAUGGGUGUCCCCAAAUUCUUCAGAUGGAUGAGCGAGCGCUAUCCUGCGAUCUCGCAGCUCAUUGCGGAGAAUCGCAUACCAGAAUUCGACGCCCUUUACUUGGAUAUGAACGGCAUCAUUCAUAAUUGUACCCACAAGGAUUCAGAUGACGCCUCCUUUCGGAUGACUGAAGACAAAAUGUUCAUCGCGAUCUUCAACUACAUCGAGCACCUGUUUGGCAAAAUCAAGCCCCAAAAGCUGUUCUUCAUGGCAAUCGAUGGGGUAGCACCCAGAGCCAAGAUGAACCAGCAACGUGCUCGCCGCUUCCGCACUGCACUCGAUGCAGAGAAAGCCAGAGACAAAGCCAUCAAAGAAGGCAUUGAACUUCCAAAAGAGGACGCCUUCGACAGCAAUUGUAUCACUCCUGGUACCGAUUUCAUGGCAAAAUUGACCAGACAGUUGAAGUACUUUAUCAGCAAGAAGGUCUCUGAAGAUGUCGAUUGGCAGGGUGUGGAAAUUGUCCUCUCUGGUCACGAAGUCCCUGGCGAAGGUGAACACAAAAUCAUGGAAUAUAUUCGACAAGCCAAAGCACAACCUGGUUACGACCCGAAUGUCCGUCAUUGUCUCUACGGUCUGGAUGCCGAUCUCAUCAUGUUGGGUCUUCUGAGUCAUGACCCCCAUUUCUGCUUACUUCGAGAAGAAGUCACAUUUGGACGACAAUCACAAAAGAAGUCAAAAGAGUUGGAGCACCAGAAUUUCUAUCUUAUGCACCUCUGCAUUGUGAGAGAAUACUUAGAACUGGAAUUUCAGGAGUUGAAGCAGGAAGGUGCCCUCGACUUCCCUUACGACAUGGAACGAAUCAUUGACGACUUCAUCUUGAUGGCAUUCUUUGUGGGCAAUGAUUUCCUUCCCAAUCUUCCAAACCUUCACAUCAACGAAGGAGCACUGGCGCUCAUGUUUCAAAAGUACAAGCAGGUCCUUCCGGGGUUGGGCGGCUACAUCAAUGAGCACGGAGUUAUCCAAUUGGAUAGGCUGGGUAUCCUUCUGGACGCGUUAUCUGACGUUGAAUAUCGUUUCUUCGAAGCCGAAUACAGCGAUGCGAAGUGGAUCAACGCGAAGCGCAAUGGUGCGGAAGAAGAAGAGCCUGCCAAAGCGCAGCGUGGUCCUGUAAGGAUCACACCCCAGCAGAAAGAGCUCUUCAAAGAGGUGAAGAAGUACUUCAUCUCGCCUGCAAGCAAGGAUCCUGCAACCAGACAACCGCUCACGCUUCCUACCUCACUCCCGGCGAGGGAUCGCAAGUUCAUACAACAGCUGGCAACAGACCUACAUCUACAAUGGGCGACCAAAGAAGACGAGGAAGGCGAUCGUUUCAUUCAACUAGAAUUCCCACCUUCGAAUGGCGAGGAAGAGUCCGAAGAUGAAGAGUCACAAUUAGCCGUGACCAGGAUCCUCAAGCGCUACGAGAAUGCCAAGGUAGAGGACAUCACGGACGGACAAGCCCAAAUCGAUCUGAAGAAGAAGUAUGAUGAAAAGUUCCUGGAGUGGAAGGACAAGUACUACAGAGAGAAAUUCGAUUGGGGUCUCGAAAACGAAGAAGGUAUGAGACAGCUGACGGAGAAUUACGUUCAGGGUCUCCAGUGGGUGCUUUUCUACUACUACCGUGGUGUUGCAUCCUGGCCAUGGUACUACCAAUAUCACUACUCACCAAUGAUUUCGGAUGUCAAGAAGGGUCUGGCAGCCGAUCUGAAUUUCCAGCUUGGGCAGCCGUUCCGGCCAUUCCAGCAAUUGAUGGGUGUCCUGCCGGACCGCAGCAAGAAGAUCGUCCCAGAAGUAUAUCACCCGUUGAUGACCUCGCCAGAUUCGCCAAUCAUCGACUUCUACCCACGAGACUUCGACUUGGACAUGAAUGGUAAGAAGAUGGAGUGGGAAGCUGUGGUGAAGAUACCAUUCAUUGACGAAAAGCGUCUGCUUGGCGCCAUGGCUACCAAAGACCCUCUUCUGUCUGAAGAUGAACGCAUCCGCAACGACUUUGGGGUCAGUCUGAAAUUCACCUAUUCAGAUGAAGUUGACUACACGUAUCCAUCUUCUCUAACCGGCAUUUUCCCUGAUUUGCCUCAUUGUCACUGUGUUCAGAACGAGUUCGAAUUGCCAACAAUGGACGGUCUGGAACCUUUUGUUGGUCUGGUCGAGGGAGUCAAACUGGGUGCGGCCGCCCUGGCUGGUUUCCCAAGCUUGAAGACCUUGCCUUUUACUGGGUCUUUGGGUUUCCAUGGAGUCAACGUCUUCCAACAAGACAGUCGAAAUGAAAGCAUGGUCAUUACCUUGUCCGACACCGAGUUACGAAGCAGGUCAGAAUUUGCGCAGCAGCUGUUGAACAAGCGAGUACAUGUCGGAUACCCGUUUCUGCAAGAGGCGAAAAUCGUCAAGGUGUCUGACGAGCUCUUCGACUACACCAUGCCCGAGGACGGACCUCAACACGUCCGGGCGACCGAGCACAGUGGGAAUGAAAUUGACCAAUUUCACAAGAAAUCCGAGCGCAUCGAAAAAUGGUACAGCAAAAGACUUGGAAUGCUGACUGGCGAUGUGGAAACGCUUGUGCACGUCGAAAUGCUCAAAGGUUUGAAGAAGCUCGACGACGGAUCUACUGUCAAAGAAUUUGCUGAACUUCCCGGAAUGGAAACAAUCCAUGCCACACAAAUGGUGGUUGAGAAUGUCAUUAGUGAGGACGUUCGAUUCAUCGAAAAAGCGGCACUUCCAAUCGAAGAAGAAUUUCCAGACGGCACGAAUGCUUUCUUCCUUGGAGAUUAUGCAUACGGAAGACCUGUCAGCGUCGUUGGACAUGAAAACGGGAAGGCGAAAUGUCUCAUUGCUCUUUCAAGUGGACGACAGAAUGAUUUCGGACGUGACAUCGCACGUCAAGCUCAGAAACUUUCGCCAUACGUACCCUCAUACGCGGUCGCCCGAAACCUCAAUCUGAAUGCGCUGGCGUUGGCGAAGAUCACUUCGUCCUUUACUGUCGUGGUCGACGACACCAGAGUCAACCUCGGCCUCAACCUCAAAUUCGAAGCAAAAAAGCUUAAGGUACUGGGUUAUUCACGAAAGGGCGAGACGGGAUGGGAAUUCAGUCCAGCAGCCGUAGACUUGAUCCAACAGUACAUGAUCAAGUUUCCACAGUUCAUUGCAGCAAUACACAACAAUCCUCAGGGUGACAUGUUACCGGCCACAGCAUUCUUCCCUGGUGACAAGGAAGAGGCCAAGGCCAAGAUCAAGGAAAUUCAAGCAUGGCUCAAAGAGAUCCAGUCAAAGAGCUUCGAGAAAGUGCCUCUAGACGCAGAACAGCUUGAUUCGGAGAUUGUCAAAGGUAUUGAGCAAGCCGCCGACGAGGCGCUUCGCACUGAACCACCACCACAGAACAAGACCAUCGGGGGUGUCCCACGCCACGGUCUGCUGAAGCCUUCUGACGCCCAGUGGCGUCUGGGAAGUCAGAGGUUCAGUCUAGGUGAUAGGGUCAUCUACGUGGCCGACUCAGGAAAGGUUCCCAUAGCCUCCAAAGGUACGGUUGUGGGAUUGACCCAGACUACGCGGGAGACUUGGCUUGAUGUCGUGUUCGAUGUAUCUUUUAUGAGUGGUACAUCGCUGGGCGAUCGAUGUUCGCCCUUCCGAGGGUCCACGGUGCCUACUUGGUCAGUACUGAAUCUCACCAAUCGCCAGAUCCUCGCAUCCUCCAAGGCCAGUACACACAGACAACCAUCUUCAACACAAUCGCCACUUACUGUCGCUGGCUAUGGUCAACCAGGUAUCAAUGGCCAAGCGCAACUACGUCCGGCACAGGCGCCACCAGCUCUGCGAGGAUCAUGGCGUGGAGCUGUGGGUGGAGCAACAACAAAUGGUCGUGGCGGCAUGAACGGUACAGCUGGUCGAGGUCACGCCAGUGGCACAACCAUGCCUAUCCGGACUUUCGCUGGAAACAAUGCGAAUGGUGGUCGUGGAGCCAAUGGAUUUAGUGGUGGACGAGGAGCCAGAGGCGGCUAUACACCCAUUGACCGUGGUGAUCCUCAAGCUGGAGUCAUGCACAACAAUCCCAGUUUUCGACCGAAGUCACAUAACAACGUCCCUCCGCCAGCGGACUUGAACAAUCCGUCCACCCCUCGUGGGCGUGGUGGUCGAGGCCGUGGUGGUGCAGCUCGAGGUGGGCGAGGUACCUCUUCUGUGAGAGGUGGAUCUCAAACACAGACGUCAUCUUGAGCAAGCAUCUACGCAGGCAUGUGUUGUGGAUUUUGAAGCAUGACUUCGA